GAUCACCCUGCUGCUGGAGGCCCAGGCUGCUGUGGACAUCAAGGACAACAAAGGCAUGAGGCCGUUGCACUAUGCGGCCUGGCAGGGCCGGAAGGAGCCCAUGAAGCUGGUGCUGAAGGCAGGGUCGGCCGUGAACGUCCCAUCUGACGAGGGUCACAUCCCCCUGCACCUAGCGGCGCAACAUGGUCACUACGACGUGUCUGAGAUGCUGCUGCAGCACCAGUCCAACCCCUGCAUGGUGGACAACUCGGGGAAGACGCCGCUGGACCUGGCCUGUGAGUUUGGCCGUGUUGGGGUGGUCCAGCUACUCCUGAGCAGCAACAUGUGUGCGGCACUGCUGGAGCCCCGGCCAGGGGACGCCACCGACCCCAACGGCACCAGCCCCCUGCACCUGGCAGCCAAGAAUGGCCACAUUGACAUCAUCAGGCUCCUACUCCAAGCCGGCAUCGACAUUAACCGCCAGACCAAGUCUGGCACAGCCCUGCAUGAGGCCGCGCUCUGUGGGAAGACAGAAGUGGUUCGGCUGCUACUGGAUAGUGGGAUCAAUGCCCACGUGAGGAACACCUAUAGCCAGACGGCGCUGGACAUCGUGCACCAGUUCACCACGUCGCAGGCCAGCAAGGAGAUCAAGCAGCUGCUGCGAGAAGCCUCCGCGGCCCUGCAGGUCCGGGCAACCAAGGAUUACUGCAACAAUUAUGACCUGACCAGCCUCAACGUGAAGGCCGGGGACAUCAUCACAGUUCUUGAGCAGCAUCCUGAUGGCCGGUGGAAGGGCUGUAUCCAUGACAACCGGACGGGCAAUGACCGGGUGGGCUACUUCCCAUCCUCACUGGGCGAGGCUAUCGUCAAGCGAGCAGGUUCCCGAUCAGGCACUGAACCAAGCCCACCCCAGGGAGGCAGCUCAUUGGGGCCCUCUGCGCCACCAGAAGAGAUAUGGGUGCUGAGGAAGCCUUUUGCAGGUGGGGAGCGAAGCAGCAGUGUGAGUGGCAUGGCAGGCAGCCGGGGCAGUGGGAGCCAUGCCCUGCAUGCCGGCUCCGAAGGUGUCAAGCUCCUGGCCACAGUGCUCUCCCAGAAGUCCGUCUCAGAGUCUAGCCCAGGGGACAGCCCAGUCAAGCCUCCAGAGGGCUCCACAGGUACAGCCCGGUCCCAGCCUCCAGCGGCCCAUGCUGGUCAGGUCUAUGGGGAGCAGCCACCCAAGAAGCUAGAGCCGGCAUCGGAGGGCAAGAGCGCUGAGGCCGUCGGCCAGUGGCUUGCCGCCUUCCAGCUGCAGCUCUACGCCCCCAACUUCAUCAGCGCCGGCUACGACCUGCCCACCAUCAGCCGCAUGACCCCCGAGGAUCUCACGGCCAUCGGUGUCACCAAGCCAGGCCACCGGAAGAAAAUCACGGCAGAGAUCAGCAGUCUGAGCAUCCCCGACUGGCUGCCUGAACACAAACCCGCUAAUCUGGCCGUGUGGCUGUCCAUGAUCGGCCUGGCCCAGUACUACAAGGUGCUGGUGGACAACGGCUACGAGAACAUCGACUUCAUCACUGACAUCACCUGGGAGGACCUACAGGAGAUCGGCAUCACCAAGCUGGGACACCAAAAGAAGCUGAUGCUGGCUGUGAGGAAGCUGGCGGAGCUGCAGAAGGCAGAAUAUGCCAAGUACGAGGGGGGACCCCUGCGCCGGAAGGCACCCCAGUCGCUCGAAGUGAUGGCUAUUGAGUCACCACCCCUACCUGAGCCAGCCCCAGCUGACUGCCAGUCUCCUAAGAUGACCACCUUCCAGGACAGUGAGCUCAGCGGUGAGCUGCAGGCUGCCAUGACUGGCCCGGCAGAAGGUGGGGCUGCUGCCGCCGAGAAGCCCUCCAACCACCUGCUGCCCACCCCGAGGGCUACCAUGCGGCAGGAGCCCAGCCUGGGUGGACGGGCACGGCACAUAAGCAGCUCCCAGGAGCUACUGGGUGACGGGCCCCCUGGGCCUGGCAGCCCUAUGUCGCGAAGCCAGGAGUACCUGCUGGAUGAAGGGUCGGCCCCCAGCACCCUGCUUAAGGAGGCCCGGCCUAGCCGCCACAGUCACAGCGUCAAGAGGGCCAGUGUGCCCCCAGUGCCCGGCAAGCCACGGCAGGUCCUGCCGCCAGGUGCCAGCCACUUCACGCCCCCCCAGACACCCACCAAAGCUCGGCCAGGUUCCCCCCAGGCCCCUGGGGGACCUCACGGUCCAGCCCCGGCCACAGCCAAGGUGAAGCCCACCCCACAGCUGCUGCCACCAACGGAGCGACCCAUGUCCCCCCGCUCCUUGCCUCAGUCGCCCACCCACCGUGGCUUCGCCUACAGCACAGGCCUAUGCCCAGCACAGAACUGCCCAUUGGGGAACUCUGCCAGCUGCUCUGGCGCAGCACAAGGUACAGGGGACCAGGGUCAGGGCCCCCGCCCACUGCACCCCCAGAAUAUAAGCUAUCAAGAGUAUUAAUUUAUUGGGAAUGAGCUGAGGCAGAUUCCCCGAGAAACAAAAAGGUAUAACUUUAACAAAUAUAUAUUUAAAGAAAGAAAUAUUAUUGAUUCUAUAGAAAACCAUUUACCAACGAAGAGGACACCGGAGUCUAUUUGAGACAAAAGCUGUUAGAGGCCCAGACCAUCUGUCUGUCUGUCCCUCCCUCUGUCCUGGAGUGGCCAGGCCCCUGGCGCACUAGCACAAACAGGAGGCUUGGGUCCAGAAGGGGUGGGUGAUCCACCCGCCGCGUCUCCUCCGCGCUUCCCUCUCAUAACUUCUCUGCAUCUGAAGAACUCGAAGGAUGUGCCUUGCUCGCUGAUGGGCUGUGUCCUCCUCCUGGGUGUAGCCGCAUCCUGGGGGUAUGGGUGCGCUGUGCAUGCAGCGUGAAUGGGGACAUGUCACCUGAGUGAUACCAUUGUGGGUAUAGGGGCAUGCGUGCCAGGCUGCAUGUGGCUCCCUCCCCAGGGCCCCACGCAGGUAGCCAGCCCACCCCACUCGAGUUCCCAUGGACACUUCUGCUCAUGGUCCAAGGCUGUGUUGUGUGGUUGUCCUCACCCUCUCUUUUCCUCUCUCUCUCUCCCCUCUCCAAAAAGUACUGACUGGUCUCUAUCGUGUUUGCUGGUCCACAAGUGUUGGGCACAACUUUGACAUUUCUUAAAAAAAAAAAAAGAAUUAAAAAAACGCCGAAAACCAGUGAUCGUGGUGCAGGGCAGGUGGAGGGGGCCGGCUGGGGCAGCGUUUGGGUAUGUAGGGUCCCUUCCAGCUGGCGAGCCCAGCAUGUCCCUGCAAGUGGAUGCACUCGGUCAUGCUUCUGGCCUCUCCUCAGUGGGCAGUCCAGGCCGGGUCCAGCAGGCAAGGAGGGAGCUCUGGGCAGGGCCCUGCUGUCGGCUGUCAAUAAACAGCAGAAAAACAGA